AUGCCCGUGCUCGACUUUGGAGCUGAGGAUGCAUUGAGGUUGGCAGAAGCAGCAUCCCCACGAGCGGCGCGGCCUCCCGAGGGAGAGCAAGACACAACAUCGGCCGAAUGGCAGAAGAUGCAAACCUCCAUCGCGUCUCUCCAAGCCCUCGGCGUCCUCAAGGAUCCGGCGAAGCGAGGGCGCCGCAGCUCAUUGCCGGCGAUUUCAAGUCAGGAGAAGACUCGUGCUGUCACAGGUCCACCCGACCUUAACCCAGAAGAUUUGCUGGAGCUGGAAGACGGCUUGCCCCGUUUGGCGAGUGCGCAGGUGGGCAUGCCCACACCUCCCUCCCGCACGGCCCUCCGUGCUCCAGAUGCCUCGAAAUUCAUGAAGAUCUUUGAGCAGACUCAGUCCAUUCAGCAGGCGGCGACGACGGCCCCCGGACCCGGUGGCUUCGCGCGCCGGGGCCGGAGGUGGACGGUGGUCUCCAACCAGGUUCACGCCAUGGCCAACAUCAAGCCUCCCGAAGAGGAUGCCAAGUUGAGCCCGAGUGAGCGCAGCAUCAACCGGAACUCCGUGCGCCUAAGCAACCUCCCACCCAGUCAGAGGGCCAGCACAGCCCUGCCGCAAGGGAGCAGAGGCAGCAAGGCGGGAAACCUGGAUGAGUUGUUUGAUGAUGGCGAGCUGGAUCUCAAGGUCAAUGCUGCCAGCAGUUCGACGGACGCGCGGACCUGGAAGGGAUGGUACAAAAUCCAGUCCAAGGCAAAGACCGAUGCCGAAGAACUGGAGGGGGCCUUCGGAGCGCCGGCGCCAACGUCUGUCUUGGAGUCGCUUACGGCUGCGCCUGCCCAGACUGGGGCAUCCCAGCAGGUCGUAGAGGCUGCAAAAGCCUGGGGAGCAAUCCGCGAGGAGUCUGCAGCCGAAAUGGAGGAGCACACGAACUUCGCAGACGGCCUGCCGCCGGGCAUAGGGAAGCUUGCUGCAAUGCUGGUGAAUCGGUUUGGUUCUUUGGAGAGAGCUUUCUGCAACUUCGACUACAACCGCAAGGGGAAGAUCACGAGAGGUCAGUGGCAGACGGUUUUUGCCACAGUUCGAAUCGACGUGCAGGAGGCCACAAACAUUCCGAGUAAAAAGGUAUUCCGGAUGAUUGCCUCCCUUGGGAAUGCGGCCUCAACACUCGAAAUCACCUUUGAUCAGUGGCGCGACUUCUUCGAGCAGAAUCUGGCCGACGGCGAAUGUUCCUUCCUUCUGGCUGAAGAUCGGGGCACUCAAGCCCCAAAAAGAUGGGCGCAGGUGAAGAAGAUGGUUCCCAAGGCGCUGAAAGUCUUGGUGGAGCACAUCGAUGAGGUGGAGAAGGAAGCGUCCGCACUGAGGGAGUACAUCAGCGGGGAGGAUGGCCAGGACAUCGAGCCGGCUGAGAUGGACGGUUGGUCGUCUGACUCAGAGGCAUCCAGUGACUCGGAUGGUGAGGAGGCGGGCAGUUCGCGACAUCGGGACAAAGCAAAGCGCGGCGAAGACGGAGAGCAGGAUGGCUCGUCUGCAAGUGAUGGGGAGGAGGCUGCCUCGGCCUCCUGCAGGUCCCUGAAGCGCGGGACGGAGGAGGGCUCGGCCACCGCCUCCAGCGCGGUGGGGGAGCCGCAGGGCGAAGAUGCCGAGGAUGCGGCGAGUUCGGCCGCCUUGCCAACCAGCACCUCUACAGAGCCGCCCAAAGCCCAUGGCAGCCAUGCCCUGGACGACAGCAGCUCGGAUUCAGAAGCGGAGGGCGCGGCGGCUGAAGCCCCGAGCAAGGGUGGCAAGAAGGCGGACCACCAGCACUCGGGAGUGGAUGCCCGGCGCGUGAAUCGAGACAAGGUCAUGAAGGCCUUCCAGGAGCGCGACGACACGGCCAUCGCCCAGCUGAACGACGACGAGCUCCAAGCUUUGGCCGAGCAGGUGCAGCUGCAGGAGGAGAUCGAGCAGUUUGACCUUUCGAGCAUGGAUGCUUUUGCCUACGUCCUCCUGGCAAAGAUGGGUUCGUUCAAGCGGGCCUUUCGCUGGUUCGAUUUCAACUGCUCUAAGAAGAUCACAAACGUCACCUGGGACACAGGUAUUCUGCUGCUCCACGUGGACACGGAGAAGCUUACAGGGCUAAAGCCCAGCCAAAUCUUCUACCGCAUGGACACCUGCACCGAGGCCCCGCCCAGUGGAACCAUCACCAGAAAGAAGUGGAAGUUCUUCUUCAGUGGCUUCAAAAUCCCGGAGGAGUUGCAGAAGCAGCUGGAGGAGGGGAAGACCUUGCGGAAGAGGGCCGCUGCGAGGAUGAAGCAGUACCGAAGACGAGGAAGCCUUUUCCGAGGCGACAGAGGACAACGCUUGGAGGUAAAGAGGAGGGAUUCGGAGAGUGAAAGCGAGCCUGAAGAAACAGAAGAGGAGAGACGGCUGCGACAGGCACAGGAAGAGGAGAACUACAGGGAAUGGGUUGAGCGUGAGCUGGCUUCCAUCGCCGAUGGCGAUUUCCGCGACUAUAGCGAUUCCAUGUUCCGAGGGGGAGCUGAAAGCCUCCUGAAUCCCUUUCGGCGCCGUCAGAUCAUGCUGCAGGUGGCAGAGGCCUUUGGUCUCUACACGCUGUCUCCAGCUGGUUAUGGGCGGGUGCCUCCCCGUAACAGCACAAGCCUGGAGAGAGCCCCGGGUAUCGUGGAAUCGGCCAUAAUGCCAGAUUCUGGAUGCAUGAGGAUCUACAACAUGCAGUCUCACACCGCGGCCCUGAUCGCAAAGUUUGAGGAAGUAAAGAAGGGAGGUCGUCUCGUGCUCAACGACAUUGGGUACACAGAGGCGCAAAAGGCUGUGGCGCACCUCGUCGCGCUGGAUCGGAGCCUGGUGGCCGUCUUCGAGAAAUGGGGAGCCGGCGAGCGCUUGGUGGUGCAUGACACUGGAUCCUUUGCUUCGGGCUUGAACUCCCAGCUCGACUCCCUCAGUGAGGGUGAUUCCCUCUCGCUGGCCACUAACCUCUCAAACAUUGAGCUGAAGUACGUCCAGGCUCAAGCCGCUAAGAUGGGGAUGACCGUCAUCCGGCAGAAGAAUGAGAACGGGGAGGAGUUCCUCAAGGUGUUCAACAUGAAUGACUUCGCCAAUACCGUCCGUGAGAAGCUGGCUGAUGUUGGUGUGGGAAGUCGGGCCAUCUUCAAGAAGCUUUGCUUACAGGAGCGAGAGGUGGUUCACACCGUCGCCAGAGAGAUGGGCCUGCACAGCUUGGAAGCCGAAGGCGAUUCCCUCAAGAAUGUGAUCGUGUUGUCCAAUGUGGAGUUCCUUGCGGAGCAGGCAGCGAGGAUAUCCCAAGCUGCAGAUGCAGGCGGUGGGGAGUUCAUCCUUCCGCAGACAGCCCAGCAGCAGAAGGACUUCUGGGAAAUGGCGGACAAGAAUGGAUUGGAGCUGGAUACCAGCUACCACGGGCAUUCGGCACGCCGGUCCGAUUUCAAAAAUGGCGACGUGGUGCGCCUGGCCAUGGCCAAGUCCCGGGAUGGAUCCAGUGCCAGCGAUGGCGAGGCCGAGGAUGAGAUCCUGACUGGCAAGCCAGGUCUGAAACCCGGCUCAGAGGAGCUUGCAGAGGACUUGACGGACGAGCAGAGGGCAGAAAGGGCUGCUGUCGACAUCCAGAAGUCUGCAACACUGGCCGGACCGACGAUCCAGACCUCAUCCGAACUCAUUCGUCAGGCUUUCGACGCUUACGCUACGGGGAACCACCGAGGGGAAAGAACUUUUUUGCGUUAUGUGGACUUGAAGGAGUUCGCCGACGAUUUGCGUUCUGCAAUGCCAGGAAGGCAAAACUCCUUCCGCGACUUCGGUAUCAUUUUGGAGCUCUGCUUUGAUGACACCACGCAGUUGCAGUCCGACUUCGGCAUUCGCGUCGGCCCGGGACUCACCCAUCAGUUUUUCCAGGUCUUCAUUCAGAAGGCCAUGUCACGGCUGGGUCUUCAAGUGGCAUCCGUGCUUUUUGAAAUCUUGAACGAGCACAGCUAA